AAUAACAAUCAAGUGCAUUUUAUAUAAAAACGUGUGAUAAGAAGCUACAUUAGAGUCAGCGCAAAUAGUGGCUUGGCCAGAGAGGAAAUUAGAAUCCUAAAAAGAUAUCUUACCUGAGAGUUUGUCUCUUAAUAAAACCAGCUCUGAUUGAACCUGAGAAAAAGUUCACGGUCUUGUUGGACUUGAAUUUGUAGCAGUCUCUCAUUGCUGUAGCGCAGCCCAGUGAUUUUUUUCUCUCUCUCUUUUUUUUUUUCUCUUGCCUAAUUAACAAACAUCUCACUGACACAAUGCCAUUCACUGUGCCACCUCACACAUUGUCCUCUUGGCCACUGAGAAAAACUGAAAGGGGACGACGGAACGAGGCGAGUGAUGUUUAAAGCUCCUGUGUGAGACGCAGAGCUGUAGUCGUCGCUCAGUAGAAGUUGAAAAGUUUAAACCGUCUGAUUUUAAACCUCGUGUUUUUUUUUUUGUUUUUUUUUUGCAUUUUGGAAAAGUUUGAGCCAUCUGGGUCUUGGAUUUCCAUCCGGCUCUUUACACACCUUGUGCUAGACAUUUUACAGUUUGAAAAAAAACUUUUUUUAGUUUAAUAUUUACACACCUAGUUGUAUUGGUAAUCUAAAAGUAAGUUUAAAAAGUCAGGAUGCUUGCGCCGACGCCCGCUCUCGAGCCUCACACCACACACAGGCUGGCACUGGACUGUCGGAGCUGGCUGGAUCAUCGCCAGGCCCAGGGGGUGUGUGGUUGUUGCUGUGGGGCUUUCAGGCCCCGCUACAAGAGGCUUGUUGACAACAUAUUUCCAGAAGAUCCAGAGGACGGCUUGGUGAAGGCCAACAUGGAGAAGCUGACGUUCUACGCUCUGUCUGCUCCAGAGAAGCUGGACCGAAUAGGAGCCUACCUGUCUGAGAGACUGUGCCGCGAUGUCGCCAGACACAGAUACGGGUACGUGUGUAUUGCGAUGGAGGCCCUGGAUCAGCUCCUGAUGGCGUGCCACUGUCAGAGCAUUAACCUCUUCGUGGAGAGUUUCCUAAAGAUGGUGCGCAAACUCCUGGAAGCGGACAAGCCCAACUUGCAGAUACUGGGAACCAACUCGUUUGUCAAGUUCGCCAACAUCGAAGAGGACACUCCCUCGUACCAUCGCAGUUACGAUUUCUUCGUGUCGCGCUUCAGUGAGAUGUGCCACUCCAACUUUGAAGAUCCGGAUAUCCGCACCAGAAUCCGCAUGGCUGGUAUAAAAGGGCUGCAGGGAGUGGUGAGGAAGACGGUCAACGAUGAACUGCAGGCGAACAUCUGGGAUCCGCAGCACAUGGACAAGAUCGUGCCGUCUCUGCUGUUUAACCUGCAGUCUGGAGAAGGCACGGAGAGUCGCUCCCCGUCUCCUCUGCAGGCCACCGAGAAGGAGAAGGAAAGCCCGGCCGAGCUGACGGAGCGCUGUUUCCGGGAGCUUCUCGGCCGAGCCGCCUACGGCAACAUCAAGAACGCGGUCACUCCCGUCCUCAUGCAUCUGGAUAAUCACUCUCUGUGGGAAGGAAAAACCUUCGCAGUGCGCUGCUUCAAGAUCGUCAUGUACUCUAUUCAGUCUCAGCACUCUCACCUGGUUAUCCAGCAGCUCCUGGGUCACCUGGACGCUAACAGUAAGACCUCGGCUACGGUGCGCGCCGGGAUCGUGGAGGUUCUCCUGGAAGCAGCCGCUAUAGCAGCCAGCGGGUCUGUAGGCCCCACUGUGCUGGAGGUGUUCAACACUCUCCUCAGGCAUCUGAAACUCAGCGUGGACUACGAGCUCAGCGGGUUUUACGAUGCCACCAGCGCGGGCAACAAAACCGUCAACGAGCACGAGGAGAGGCAGCUCCAAGAAGUCGUCAUAAAAACCAUCGGUUCCUUUGCCAGCACUCUGCCUACGUACCAGCGCUCUGAAGUGAUGCUCUUCAUCAUGGGCAAGAUCCCCAUUCCUGGAAUGCACCUUACACUGCCACCUACAGGCUCUGGGUCUGAGGGUGACAGGAUGAUUCAGGUCAUGCUGCUGAAGUCUCUGAGACAGGUGACGUGCGGCUUCCAGAGCACGAACAUGCUGACGGCUCUUCCCAGCUCGUUUCUCGACCCGCUCCUGUCCUUCGCGCUGCUGGAGGACGCGCACAUCCGCCUGCUCGUCCUGGAAAUCCUCGUCAGCCUCAUCGAUCGCCACGAAAACCUCCCCAAGUUCUCCAGCGUCAGCAUCAUCCCUGAUAUAUCCGUGCUUAAACUCAAGAUGGAGAAGUGUUCCCGUCAGGACAACCUCUUCAUGAAGAAACAUGCCCAGCAGCUGUACAGACACAUCUACCUGUCGUGUAAGGAGCAGAGCAGCGUGCAGCCGCACUUCGAGAUGCUCUACUCUCUCCUCGCUCUGAUCAGCAUCGAGCUAGCUAACGAGGAGGUGGUGGUCGAUCUCAUCCGCCUCGCUCUGGCCCUGCAGGACUUGGCUUUAGUCAGUGAGGAGUCGUUGCCAGUGUUUAACCGUUGUGCGGUUCACGCUCUCACCGCUGCGUACCUCAACCUGAUCUGCCAGCUCACCACCCUGCCUGCCUUCUGCCAGCACGUCCACGAGGUCAUUGAGAUGAGACAGAAGGAAUCGCCGUUUCUUUUGCCAGAAGAUGUCUUCAUCGAGCGUCCAAAGGUCCCUGAGACGCUGGAGAAGCCGGCAGGAGAAGCUCUGUUCCUGCAGGCCAAGAUCGCCGAGGUGCUGGGAGGAAGCGGUUACAACACCGAGAGACUCGCCACACCGUACAUACCUCAGUUCACAGAUGAUGAUCGGCUGUCGAAGAGGAAGAGCAUCGGGGAGACGAUCUCUCUCCAGGUGGAGGUCGAGUCCAGGAACAGUCCAGAGAAAGAGGAGAGAACACCAGCGGAGGAAAUCACAUUCGAAGCACUUAAGAACGCCAUAGUGGACAGCGUAGGGAUGGAGGAGCAGGAGCGCGAGCGGAGGAGGCAGGUGGUGGAGAAGUUCCAGAAGGCUCCGUUCGAGGAGAUCGCCGCACACUGUGGAGCGAGAGCUACGAUGCUCCAGAGCAAACUCAGCCAGAUCUUCGAGAUCACCAUCAGGCCUCCUCCCAGUCCAUCAGGCACCAUUACAGCCAGCUACGGGCAGACGCAGACCCGCUCCGUCCCUAUCUACGAGAUGAAGUUCCCAGACCUGUGCAAGCCUCCAGCGUGUUUUCUUUGCACUGUGACUGACAAUGACACGACCACGCCUCGGUGCGAAGAGAAAAGCCAGUGAGGUGCCAUUACUUUUACUCCACAGCCUUCUGCUCAGAUCCGGUGUCGUCCGCCAUGUUUAACGAUCGUCUCGUCUCCUGAAAGUACUGGAUUAAUAUUAUUUUUUUUAAGCAGAUAUGCAUGUUAUGGCCAAGUUUUAAUUUCUUGUUUUAAAUUUUAAAUAGUGUUGUUUCAUGACUCGGUUCACGCGGUAAUUGACAGUUUUGUUCAAUUUCUCACACCUCCUUAUUGGUGCUACUUUUACAGUGUUGGAAAUGUGGACAUCCUGAACAUUGAGGGGGGAAAAAAAAACUCGCCAUCAGGCGCCAUGAGUGAGAGAUUUUUUGUUUUGUUUUUCAGAGUCGUAACCGAAUCCUUUUCUCCAGAUUUAGCCACAGGAACGAUCUCAACACAGAUUCGCACUUUGCAUUAUUUACUUAUACACACGCACAUGUGCUCAAGGAUAUUUGUUUGGGCGUAAACAGGGCUUUAAAAAAAAAAAAAAUAGAAUUGCACUGAACAUAAUCUAACUGCAUACAGUAAAAGACUGACUGAAUUAUAAUAAAUUUUUUUUCAUUUUAAAGCAUCCAUAGGAAACUUUUCUUAUGGUUUAAUGACAGUAGUUAUGACAAGCGAUCUUAAAACUGUAAAUAUGCUCGUAUGAACAGAAAUUUUAGUUUUAAACCGCACUGACUUUUCUAACGUAGAGCUAGCGUGCGUACAGGUGAAAGCGCGUGCGCGCGUGCGUGUGUGCGCGUGUACGUGUGUGUGUGGUGCUGCGCUCCAAUGAAGAACUAACCAGCAUGACAUGACCACCAUCACACGAACCUGGAGCACGAACAAUAGUUUAUGGAUUGCUGCAAGCUCCGUCGAGAUACAGUACGGACGAAAGCACCGAUGUACAGUAGUGUUCUCACACGUCUUGUGUCCGAAACGUGACGUUCGAGUGCAUGUUUUAGCAGUUAAUCAACAUUCUAUGAAGAACAUAAUCGUUAUUUUUUUUUCUUUUUCUUUAAUGACGUACUGCACAUACACAGGAAAACCACGCUGUUAAUUUUUUUUAAUAUAGUUGUGCGCUUGUCAGUAAUGGUUGGCUGUUUUUUAAAAAGAUGAAGAGAUUUUCUUCUGUGUGGUUUUAAAUGCGAAUUCGAUCGUUUUAUCAUGCGUAUGAUUGUGUGAGCGUUUUUAUCGCCGUUACAGCGUGACUUUAUGUUCUCGUUACUGAUGUGUCUCGUUCCUGUGUGUCUCUGUUUUACAAAUGAAGCCAUGAUCCUAAUGAAGCUAAAAACUCAACACCGAAGGUGGCACAAUUGUCAUUCUACCUUUUUUUUUUGUUGUUGUUGUAGUUGUUGUUCAGAUGUGGGUCAAAAAUUUAAACAAUCUAAACAUACACAAGCGUUAUUUAGACUUAAAGUUUAAAGUAUUAACAAUUUUACACUACACAGUGAUAGAAUGGGAAAUGGUCAUGGACUGCUGCUGGUUUCUCAUUAUAUAAUUGUUUAUUUGACUUUUAUGGUAAUAUGAUUUGGAUUUGUUAGGGAUUUUUUUUUGGUAAUUGUUUUGUGAAUUUGUUUUUUAAUAAUAUUAUUAUUAUUACUUAUCACACAUGAAGUUAAAUGGAAUAUACAUCUAUGCUUUGAUUGGUCAGAUAUAAGGCUUAGUUUAAGACCUGGCUCUGCUUAAAAUUCUAUAUCAAGACUAACUAUUAUAAUUAUAAUUAAUAUUCAGAUUUUAAAUUUAUGAAGCUCUACCUUUUGUGUUAUUGUAAGAAAUGAAAUCUGUGGUACUACAAUCAGAAAAUUUAAUUUUACACAUUUGGAUUUUUAUGCUUUUAAUUUCUUAUUUAAUUUCUUAUUUUUUAAGUUCUAGUUUUUACUGAGUAUACAGUAACUAUACUAUACUGGUUGCAUAGUUGACUUUGAGUUAAAAUUCUACUAAUUGGCAUAAAUAAAGUUUAAAAUUAAACUUUAAUAACUUUAAUUUGCUGCCACAAAGUUAAUUUCAGGAAUUAUUAGAAAUAAUUUUUAAAUAGAGAUUAUGAAAAAUAUUAACACUGCAUGAUUGGCUCAUUGCAGCUAAAGCAGAAUUUUUUUUUUAAUAUGUUAAUAAACUUGAAUCUUAACUUAAACUUAUUCUGAAUUUGAAAUUGAUCGUGCUAUAAAAAAUUUAUUCUGAAUUGAAAUAAAAAAAAAACUGACUUUGAAACCUUGCAUAGCAAAUUGUAGUCUCAAAAUACAGUUUCAGUUUUGAUUCAAAAGUCAAAAAUAUUAAUGUUUUAGCGUUUUUUCCACUUGAUUGUAGUGCCACAAUUUUCAUUAUUUCCCCCCCAAAUUUAUUUAUACUUGUUUGUUUAUGGGAAUUUGCAUAACCGUACCAAAAUUCUAAUUGAGAUUUAAUCACAAAAUUUUCAUAAUUCUCAUAAUUGAGAUUUACUAAAUUUCACAUCCAAAUUCUAGCAGGACAAACACUCUUAACACAUUUUCUUAUAUAAAAAAAGGGUUAUGUUGGGUUAAGUUUGAAUUCUGAAACAUGAAAAUGUAAUAUAAAUGCAAAAAUCUGAAUUUUACUGCAGUUUAAAAUUUUAUAAUAUACUCUAGAUAUAGAAAUAUAAAAUACUGAACUUAAACUGACGUGCAAUUGAUUAAGCUUGUCUGAACGCCUAAGUGGAUGUACUGAAGUGUUUGUCAAAAACUGAACUGAACAGGAAACUGAUCAUAUGUGUGGAAAAGCACAUUCUAUUAUUUACUAUUUUUAGUUUUGCCAAAUUGCAGGCAUUAUUUUGUCUGAAAUUACCUGCAAGUUUCCUAAAGCAAAAUAAAAAAUGUCAAUUAAUAGCUUGACCAAAUGCUUUUAAGAAAUUGUGUGCUUUAUUUUGAGCUGAAAUGAUCAAUCAUUCAAAAAUGCUUAAAGAAAAUUUAAAACCAAAUUUCUAACAUGCUUUAAAUUUGUUUUAUAAACACAAAAUUCAAAUUUAAUUCGAAAUUUAAUUUUAAAUGAAUUAAUUUCCUUCAUUAAAAUAGAAUUUUCUAAUGGCAUAGGUCAAUCCCCACAGAUUUAAGUCAAAUGAAAAUUUCCUUUAGCGAGUAAAUUAAUUUCUCAUUAUUAUUUGUACAUGGCUAUUAACAGUGGUGUGCGUUUUAUUAAGUUUAAAAAAAAUUUUUUUGUAAAACUUGUGACCGUUUUUUUUUUGACUGCAUUAAAACUUCACCAAGCGUAGCUCAUUUCCUGUUUUCAUGUAAAACUGAAAUGUUCAGUAAUAAAUCUGGGAAUUGUAUGAGAAUAUUCGUGUCCCACUGAGACAAAGCGAGACAGGACAGGUUGUCUGGUGUUCACGUUGCCGUGUAAAUGUUCAACAUGGAAAAUAAUGCUCAUGUCAGUCACGUCAUGGAGCUUGUACACAAAUAGACAUUGUUUUUAUGUGUCAGUUCAACAGCUGCUCAAUAAAACAUGUUCAUUCAUGA